GUAAACAACCCACGAGAGCAUAUAGCUGGAACACCUACCGCAGUCGCGCUGCUCUUCGCGACCUAGGCGACGGGGUUGGCGGCAGCACGCGACGGGGUUGGCGGCAGCAGCGGUGCGACUCCGGCGCGACGGAGGCACGGCCCUCUACCCUCCACCUCCGGCAUCACUCGCCUGCGGCCAUCUUCUGUCCGCACCAGUUCGAGUAGAAGACGACGAACCUCCGCCAUCCUAGGAUCCUGUACCCUCCCCAAGAGGUACUUUGGGUCAAAAAUAGCUUUGCGAGGAUCUUGGUCUUAGUCUCCCCCCCCUACUCCGCGAAAUUCGAGGUAAAUUCCAUGGGCGGCGGCGGCGAUAUCACCCCCACCAGCAUCCCCUCCUCACUGUCGUGCUUGUCGGAGGCUCCUCCAGUGUUCGCCGACUACGUGGCCAUCUCACAGGUUUGCGAUGAUGAAGCAUCCGAUGAGUGCUGUGACUGCGAUGACGACGAGGUGGAGGCUCUCUACUUCGGCCGCAGGCUGCAGGACCGCCUGCGGGAGGCGAAAGAGUUCAUCAGGAGGUAUAAGCCUGGGGAUUGCAUUGAGGGAGCUGGCGGCACAAAAGCUGGGGAUUAUAUCUUGCCCGAGAUCACUACACUACUGUUAGUGGGCCCUAGAGGUGCGGGCAAGAGCACACUUGUGAACCGAAUUACAAGGGUCUUUGACAAGGAUGAUGACCCUUUUGCACCAGAUCGAGCGCAAGUGUCACAAAAUUCAAAAUCAAAUGGUACACUUUUUCUUCGGGAGUACCCCAUUCCGAGGAAUUCAACUGCUAUAUGUAUUUAUGAUACACAGAGCUUAUCAAGCAAUCCACAGAAAAAUUUCAAUAUGCUGCAGCAGUGGAUGACAAAGGGAAUCAGCCAUGGGGAAACAACGACAUGUUUUAGCAGGGAUACUGAUGAAGGCUAUAAGACUAAGGGCAUCAAACCAUUUGGGAGACAAUUCAGUUUUCUUCGUUACAAAACCAGGAAGGUCAACUUUGUUAUAUUUGUUGUUGAUGGUGUUUCUAUAAUUGAGGCAACUGAAAGCAACAAGAAAGGAUACAUUGACAUACUGCGUGAAACAUUUAUGUAUCCAUUUUUAUCAAUUGGAGAUGACAAACCUGUUGUUGUGGUCACACAUGGUGAUAGACUAUCGACGCUCCAGCGUGCACAUGUUCAAAACGAGUUAGCAGAAGUACUUGGCAUUCCUGUCCUUCAAAUUUUUGAUAUACCAGGAUCUGAAGAUUACCAAACUGAUCUGGCUAUAUUGGAUAUGUUACGUUACUGUAUCCAACAUGCUGAGCAGAACCUCCCCAUUAAAUUGAAUUAUCUUUUAGAGGUGCGUGGGCGUGAAACUUUUAAGAAUGCAGCAGAGCGGUUGAUGGCCUUAGAUGCAGUAAUCGAAGCCACCAUUAUUUUCCUCUGCAUCAUGAUCCUUCUGCUUCGAAUUUCAGAUAAAUUGUUGCAAUUGUGACUAUGCCCCGCAUUGUAAAUAAGAAAAACAGGGAAGACAUUUCGCCUUCUUUAGCUAGCAAUGUACACACCUAGAAAUACCCUCUAGAUAAUGAGAUUGAUGGCACCAAUGCAUGACUAAGGUUACGCAAGACACUCAAACCUGUUUCUAUCAUACAUGCUUGUAUAUAUUGGCCGGACGUAUUGUUGAGGAACUUUAUAUUAUGUUAGGUUUUCCAUUACUGCAGGACCCCGCGUAUUGUGCCAUCUUUGUAUUGUUUAAGCACUUUAUCAUACACAUGGUCGUUGUUUGA